AAAGGCUAAAAUCAAGAAUAUAAUAUUCUAGACUAGCUAGUAUCAGGAAAAGAGUAUAUAUUACUUACUAAUGCUCUUCCACAAGCAAUUUCUUGUUGCAAUACUGCAACAUGCUUUGGUAUUUUAUCAAGUUCUGGUUCAAGCUCACGAUCAACAUGGCUUCAUCAGUGUAGAUUGUGGGAUAGCAGACGUGUCAAACUACGUAGAUACACAAAAUGGCUUCGUUUACCAUUCAGACGCAGAGUUCACAGAAACGGGUGAAAACAGGGAAAUAUUAGCAUCUUACAAAGCUCCAAACGUUGACAGACAGUUUUAUAGUGUCCGAAGCUUCCCUCAAGGGAGAAGAAACUGUUAUACUCUGAAUCCUACAAAAGAAGAAAGUACCAGAUAUUUGAUCCGAGCAAGGUUCAUGUAUGGAAACUAUGAUAACCAAGGCGUAAUCCCUGUUUUUGAUUUGCAUCUUGGAGUUGACCAAUGGGGCACAGUCAUUAUUGAUAACGAUUCGACUAUAACAACCAUGGAAAUCAUACAUAUCCCUUCCCAAGAUUAUGUUCAUGUUUGUCUUGUAAACAUAGGCAAAGGAACUCCCUUCAUAUCGGUCUUGGAGUUAAGGCCUAUUGAUAGUCAUAUUUAUCCAGGUGAUGACACUAUGAGAUCGUCAUCACUACUACUAUAUGAUCAUUUAGAUUUUUCUUCAGAAACCAAUCAAAUAAUGAGGUACAAGGAUGAUGAAUAUGAUCGCUUGUGGUCACCACAGUUUGCAGAUGAAUGGAGCCCAAAUUUAAAUAUAUCUACUAGCAAUGAAGAUUCCAUUAAAAACGACGAUUACCUACUACCAUUCACUGUCAUGAGCAAUGCAUAUACCCAAAGUGAAGGUAACAAUAUUAAUUUAAUUUGGACCAACUUAACAAAAUCCAGCAAUUAUUUAUUCUACAUGUACAUCGCGGAGCUACAAAACCUCGGAGCCAACCAAUCUAGAGAGUUCAAUAUUUACAUCAAUGGAGAUUUUUGGUCCGGCCCAGUUUCUCCCGAGUAUUUGAAAACUACCACACUGAACAUCCCAAAAGCCAGUAAACCAGAUGAUCAAGGAAAUCUUAAUAUAUGGCUUAACAGUACGGACACUUCGACUCUACCGCCCCUUAUAAAUGCUUUGGACAUUUAUGUGCCCAUUAAGCUCAUAGGACAAGAGACAAAUCAAAAUGAUGUGAAAGCCAUCAGGAGUGUGAAAUCGGUGUACAAAUUAGAAAAAAUUAGUUGGCAGGGAGAUCCUUGUGCCCCUGAAGCUUACAUGUGGGAAGGUUUGAAUUGCAGUUUCAGUGACAAUGAACAGCCUAGAAUCAUUUCUUUAAAAUUGUCAUCGAGUGGAUUAAGUGGGACAGUUUCUCCUUCCAUUGCAAGUCUGACAAUGUUAAAGCAUUUGGAUUUAUCAAAUAACAACUUAAGUGGGACAGUUCCGGAAUUUUUAGCCCAACUUUCAUUUCUAAAGGAACUAUACCUACAGGGAAACGAAUUCACAGGUCCAAUUCCGGAUGCACUUUCUGUAAGAUCCAACAAUGGUUUAAUAUUAAGGGUUGAUCCAACUAGGAAUACUACUGAAUGCAGUGAUUUAGAAUCAUGUGGAAAAAAGACAAAGUUUGUUAUUCCACUGGUUGCAGCACUCGCUGGAUUAGUUUUCAUCAUCUCAACUGCAGUACUGGUCUUUUGGAUAGUAAAAAGGAGAAGACUGCAGCAAAAGAAAUUGGAAACAAAAGAAGUUGAUGACGUAAAGGACGAAUUCAAUGAUGUGGAUGGAACAUUUACAAGCAAAAAACAGCAAUUUACAUUGUCUGAGAUUGAAGGAAUAACCAACAACUUUGAGAGGGUAAUAGGUGAAGGUGGAUUUGGAAAGGUUUAUUAUGGCUCCUUAAAUGGGAAUAGUGUAGCCGUUAAGAUGCUUUCUAAACUAUCCAUUCAAGGGCAUCGUCAAUUUCACGCAGAGCUAAAACUACUUUUGAGAGUUCAUCACAAAAACUUGACUACACUAGUUGGAUAUUGCAAUGAGGGAUCCAACAUUGGACUCCUCUACGAGUACAUGGCUAUGGGAAACUUACGAACACAUCUUUCAGGUAGUAAUAAUCAAAACGUCUUGACUUGGGAAGAAAGACUUCGAAUAGCAAGAGAUGCAGCACAAGGUUUGGAGUACCUACACAAUGGGUGUAAACCACCAAUAGUUCAUCGAGACAUUAAGUCGAGUAACAUACUGUUGAACGAAAAGUUGGAAGCCAAAUUAGGUGAUUUUGGUCUAUCCAAGAUUUUUCCUCACGAAAGUGGAACUAGCACCACUCCUGGUAUAUCAACAAGUAUUGCCGGCACUCCUGGUUAUCUUGACCCUGAGUACUACAUAUCAAACUGGUUAAAUGAAAAAAGCGAUGUUUAUAGCUUCGGAGUUGUUUUGUUGGAGUUAAUCACAGGUCGACCUGUGUUAGAUAAGAGCCGAGAUCAUAAUAAUGCUCACAUAAUUCAUUGGGUUAGCUCAAUGCUUAGUAAUGGUGAUAUUAAAAGUAUAAUUGACCCAAAGUUGGAAGGACAUAAUUUUGAUAUGAACACCGUUUGGAAAGUUAUUGAAAUCGCAAUGGCUUGUGUGUCAAGACCAUCCACCAAUAGGCCAACCAUGAGUAUUGUCGCUAGUGAAUUGAAGGAAUGUUUGACAAGGGAUAAUAAAACUCGAAAGGAUGCCUACGUUGAGGGUACUGAUUAUUCAAAAGACUCAUAUGAAAUGAUUUCCGAGCAUAUAUCUACUCCCAUAGCUAGGUAAUAAUAUGAACUAUGAGGAAAAAAAAAAGGAGAUGAGAAAGGCGAUUCUAUUUAUAUUUCCGCGUUGUUAAUUUAGUAUAUGUUGUGUUUAUGAGCUUUUUUUUUAAAAAAAAAAAAAAAAAAAUUAAAUUCACACUUGAUUACAUAUAAUCAACAUGAUUUAUAGU